UUAAUAUAAAAGGAUAUUUGUGUACCCCCUCUUCUGCCUGCCCCAAUGCCUCUCGCCCUGUGAAAAAAAUAUUCAUUUCAUAGCCACCUUAUCUCUCUCUCUCUCUCUCUCUCUCUCUCUCUCUUUAGUCUAGCCUAUCCCUCACUCCCUUAUCUGUGUCUCUCUUCAUGUUCUCCUCUUGAAAAAAAACCAAUUCUUGGGUUUUUCUUGAAGGGACCUAAAGAGAGACAUGGAGGCUGUUCUAAAGGCCAAAGGGCUUCUCUCUCUGCCACCAAACCCCAAAGCCAGGGUUUUUCAAUCAUCACAGGGCUUAAAGCAUAGAUUUUUCACACCCAAACCAAAACCCUUUGGUGGGUUUUCUCUAUCUUCAAAUGGGUUACAAAAACUCGGUGGGUUUGAAUCAAAAACUCAUGGGUUUUCCCAUAAAGGUGGGAACUUGUUUGUCUGCAGAGCUGAGGCUGCUGCUGCAGCUGAUGGGCAGCCAGUAUUUACUGGUGAGGUAGAAAUUGAGAAGCCAAAGAUAUUGGGUGUUGAGGUUACUACCUUGAAGAAGAUUCUACCCCUUGGGUUGAUGUUCUUUUGUAUCCUUUUCAACUACACAAUACUCAGAGAUACAAAGGAUGUUUUGGUUGUGACAGCCAAAGGGAGUAGUGCUGAGAUUAUACCGUUUCUGAAAACUUGGGUGAACUUGCCUAUGGCUAUUGGGUUCAUGUUGUUGUACACCAAAUUGGCUAAUGUGUUAUCUAAGAAGGCCCUCUUCUAUACCGUUAUUCUUCCUUUCAUUGCCUUCUUUGGGGCAUUUGGGUUUUUCCUCUAUCCUCUCAACAAUUAUAUCCACCCUGAGGCCUUUGCUGAUAAGCUUCUCAACAUACUUGGCCCGAGGUUCCUUGGUCCUCUUGCUAUUAUGAGGAUCUGGUCCUUCUGUUUGUUCUAUGUCAUGGCUGAACUUUGGGGGAGUGUGGUGGUUUCAGUUCUGUUUUGGGGUUUUGCCAAUCAGAUAACUACAGUUGAUGAAGCAAAAAGAUUUUAUCCCCUGUUUGGUCUUGGGGCAAAUGUUGCUCUUAUAUUCUCUGGUCGUACAGUGAAGUAUUUCUCCAAUUUGAGGAAAAAUUUGGGUCCUGGUGUUGAUGGUUGGGCCGUUUCUCUCAAAGGAAUGAUGAGCAUUGUGGUGUUGAUGGGAUUUGCAAUCUGUUUCCUGUACUGGUGGGUGAAUACUUAUGUUCCUCUUCCAACCCGUAGCAAGAAUAAGAAGGAGAAGCCCAAAAUGGGGACAAUGGAGAGCUUAAAAUUCUUGGUUUCUUCAAGAUACAUUAGGGAUCUUGCCACUUUGGUGGUUGCAUAUGGUAUUAGCAUCAACCUUGUUGAGGUUACAUGGAAAUCUAAGCUCAAAGCUCAGUUUCCAAGCCCAAAUGAGUACUCGUCCUUUAUGGGUGACUUCUCAACUGCCACUGGAAUAGCUACUUUUACGAUGAUGCUGCUCAGCCAAUAUAUAUUUGACAAAUAUGGAUGGGGAGUCGCUGCCAAGAUCACACCCACAGUCCUGCUUCUGACAGGAGUUGGUUUCUUUUCUUUGAUUUUAUUUGGGGGUCCACUUGCACCUGGUCUUGCGUCAAUUGGGAUGACUCCUCUUCUUGCAGCUGUAUAUGUGGGUGCCAUGCAAAACAUCUUCAGUAAGAGUGCCAAGUAUAGCUUAUUUGAUCCUUGCAAAGAGAUGGCUUAUAUUCCCUUGGAUGAGGAAACCAAGGUUAAAGGGAAGGCAGCAAUUGAUGUUGUUUGCAACCCAUUGGGGAAGUCUGGCGGUGCUCUGAUUCAGCAGUUUAUGAUCUUAACCUUUGGGUCACUUGCGAAUUCAACUCCUUACCUUGGAGGGAUACUUUUGGUGAUCGUUCUUGCUUGGUUAGGAGCAGCCAAGUCUUUAGACACCCAGUUUACUGCAUUACGACAAGAGGAAGAGCUUGAGAAGGAGAUGGAAAGAGCGGCUGUCAAGAUUCCAGUGGUGGCUGAAAAUGCAACUGGGAAUGGUUCUCUUGCAAGUGGCUCAGCACUGAACCCUACGACCAAUGACUCCACAAGCAGUUCAUCUGAAACCUCAGCCCCCCAAAAUAUUUAAAAAUUUCUCUUCCAUUGGGGUGCUGAUCAGGAGAAUAAGUGGAGCAGAUGAGAUGCAGCAUUAGGUGAAUUAUUGGUUAUAGAAUUUUACCGUACUUAAAAAAUAAGCAUUCCAUUGAAAUGUUUUUUAAGUCGAGUUUUCCAUAUAUAAUGAGCUUACAAGCUGUUUAGUUUCAAGUUUCUCUGCCUUGUAGAAUUUCUUUGUUGAAUUAUAUCGAUGAGAGUUAGUACUUUCUUUUA